GGCAAGCCCGUUCCUGUCUUUGUGUCGUCCCCUGAGAAGCACCGGCCCGGGCCGGUGGGCCCUCCCACCGGGGGGAGAGGGGUUUGGCUUAAAUGCGGAAGUUCGAGUUCCGUUCAGCUCAGUUCCUCCAAGCUGAGAUCCGACGGGCUCCAGUCGCGCUCCGCUCCCUCUCUCUACAGAACCCGCUUUCCCAAGGCAAGGUGCAUCAUGAGCAGCAGUUACAGCGUCUCCCUGGCCGGCCCCGCUCCAUGGGGCUUCAGGCUCCAAGGAGGAAAGGACUUCUGUCUGCCCCUCACCAUUUCACGGCUGACUGAGGGGGGCAAGGCAGCCAGCGCCAAGAUGACUGUUGGAGACAUCAUUCUUUCUAUUAAUGGCGUUUCCACAGAAAGCAUGAAUCACCUUGAGGCCCAGAACAAGAUUAAGGCCUGCACAGGCAAUCUCAGCCUCACUCUGCAGAGACCCUCCGCUGUCUCUAAAGAUGGAGAGCACAAGGAUGAACCUCAAGAGAUCAUUAAGCCUGUGCCAAUCACUCACCCUGCGGCAAACACCACUUACACCAAGCCCAUAAGUCAGCCCACUCCUGCCUACAACAAGACAGCUCGGCCAUUUGGGGGGGUCAGCGGUGGGAUUGCAGCUUCGUCUUCCCCGGCUGCUCCCAGAGUUGCCUCCAUCCCCUCAGAGUCAUCAGCUUUCACCCCGGCUGCCCCCUCUCAGCCACCGCAGCCUCCGUUUCCACUCAAGUCCAUCUUCGCUGCUUCAGACUCGGCUCCAGCGAAUUCCCUCCCCAAACCCAGCCCUGGCCGCGCCACCUUCACGUCCCCGCCUGCCUCUUCCUCCUCGUCUAACUCAUCCUCACCCGCCAGAGUGACAGCCCCCCCUUCCAAUCCUACUGUCCCACAGCCCUCUGUCUAUAACACCCCUAUAAACCUAUACUCCAGUGCCAAUGCUUGCGAGGUGGCCGUAGGGCAGAGGCGGGGUCUUUUGGAGAGCCAGGGGCUCACAGAGUAUGUAAAUGGGAAACCUGGUGUGGAGCCUGAUAAUGGGAUACCUGCACUGAGUGAUGCAAGCAAGAAGCGUUUGAUUGAGGACACAGAGGACUGGCACCCCAGGACGGGAACUUCUCAGUCUCGGUCUUUCCGCAUCCUGGCCCAGCUGACCGGUACCGAAAAUGAGCAAAAUGCAGAGAACGGUGGAAAGAAUGAGCCUGUUGAAAAUGCCGUUCCUGCUAUGCACACCUCGUCUGCAGCAAAGACGUUUUCCAAAUCUGCUCCCAGGAAUGGAAAUGUUGCUCCUGCUUCCAAUUUUAAAAGCCCUGCGUCCCAGACCAAAACCUCCUUCCAGCCUGGAGGUCUUUCAGGUAUUCCUAAAGUUGGAGCACCUCCUUCAUUUGGAAAAGUUGGAGGUCCUGCUCCUAAAGGACCAGACCGCCCCACUCCACAGCCCCAUCCGGAGGACCUGAACUCUCUGGUGCAAAGGGCCGAGCACAUCCCGGCCGGAACACGCACCCCCAUGUGCUGCAAGUGCAGCAACGUGAUCAGGGGCCCGUUCCUUGUGGCCAUGGGCAUGUCAUGGCACCCAGAGGAAUUCAACUGUGCUCACUGCCACUCCUCUCUGGCAGACCGUGGAUUCGUGGAAGAGAAGGACCAGGUGUACUGCGAGCGUUGCUACGAGCAGUUCUUCGCUCCCACCUGUGCUCGCUGCCAGGAGAAGAUUCUUGGGGAAGUUAUGAAUGCCCUGAAACAGACUUGGCAUGUGUCCUGUUUCAUCUGUGUAGCCUGCCAACAGCCAAUCAGAGGCAACAUGUUCCACAUGGAGGAUGGUCAGCCUUACUGUGAAAGAGACUACUACACCAUGUUUGGGACCAACUGCCACGGCUGUGACUUCCCCAUCGAGGCGGGGGACAAGUUUAUGGAGGCGCUUGGAUUCACUUGGCACGACACCUGUUUUGUUUGUGCAGUCUGCUCUGCUAGUCUGGAAGGCCAGCCUUUCUUCUCUAAAAAAGACAAGGCCUUGUGCAAGAAACACGCCCACACUGUCAAUAUCUAACCUGCCUUUACAAAUAUAAACAAAACAAGACAAGUUUGCAGGAACUUACUAGAUCUUGGAUAUGUUCUGAACGCAAGUGUGUGUGUUUUGGUAGAAUAACAGCUGGUCAAAGACCCCAUCCUAAGCUUUAUUUUGUCUAUUAUUUUGUCAGUUUGCUGUUGUCGUUCCUUAUUCCAUAUCACUUUGUAGCUGAAUAUGCUAAUAUGAGUACAUUUCAAUGCGCUGUUUGUGUUGUAUUGUACUGUUCUAGUAGAUUUUCGAGUCUUAAGUUUGGCGUUGGGUUUUCUAACUGUGCUCGAUGUGUGCCUUGAUGAGGUGUUUGAGUUCAACAAAAAGAGAGUUUACUGCUGUGACCUACUAAUCUCUUCAGGGGUCACAUACUAGGAAAUAUUUUGAUAAAGCUAAACCAUGCAUUAGUAAAGCGAGUGCAGUAUUCACAAAUCAGGAUUAUUUAUCUUUAAGAAGAUAAUAUAUUUAUUUGUUUGCAGGGAUCACGCGGUCAGCAUGUUCUGGGAAGUAUCCAUUUUUGCCGUUGCUUUAAAUUUAUGAUAUUUAAUCAUUUCCACUUAAUGAAAGCAAGCACAUUAUAAACUGUGCAGGUCUCCUUGCCUUUUAAUGUAUUUUUGAAAAAAAAAAGUAAUGGCCAUACAGAUCAAGAACUUUUAAUUUGUGCUGUUCGCUUACCUCCCUCCUGGUAUUGAAACGCAUUCAUAAAAUCUUAUAUUUCUCUAUUGACCUUCCACCUUGACAGUUUUCAUCCCAUGAGGAGUUGUUGUAUCAUGUUUUAGGGGUUUUGGUGAAAUUUGCUUAAUAAAACAUUUGUAAUAUAUUAAUGCAAAACA